AUGCCUCCCAAAAGGGUAGUACUCGAUCCACUCCUCAUGGAGAUGAACCAAACCACCCCAACCGCAACUACUCGUACGAUGAGAACAACUCACCCGGAUCCCCAUGCGACCCCCACUGGCUCAGUGCCCGCAACAACUCUUUCGAUGCCAAGUCAGCUGGAUCCCCAUACAACUCCGGUUCCCCAACCCGCUUCUUCAAAUGAAAUCACCGACGAGACUGACGAUGCUCCUAAGAAGAAGGCUCCAAAGUGGACCAUCGAUGAAGAUAAGCAGCUCUGUGCUGCUUGGUUGAACACGAGCCGAGACAGUAUUGUCGGAACCGGUCAGAAAGCUGGAACCUUUUGGGAACGGGUUCACCAGCUUUAUACCGAUCUUGUUGUUGAUUACAACAAGGAAAACAAAAGAUCAAAAACAAUCAAGCCUUUACCAGUCCAACUCGUCAAUGCGAUCGAAUGUCGUUGGGGUCACAUUAUGAGGGUCUGCAACAAGUUUGGAGGAUGUUAUUCGCAAGUCGAGCGUCGCAUGAGGAGUGGGAUGAGUCGAGAUGAUAUUCUUUCUGAGGCGAAAGAACUUUACAAAUCCGAGAACGAGUCGGCUUUCAAUCUCGAUCACUGCUGGGGCAUUUUGAGAGAACAUCCAAAAUGGCAGGCAACACAGCAGGAGAUCGAUCUCAGACAGAAGAAGUCCAAGGACCCGCCAAGUAGCACACCUGCGACCAACGAGGCUUCUUUGCCAUCGAGUCCUCAAACAACCACUCAACUAGACGACGACGACGACCGUAGUGCCCUGGGUUCUGACGCACGUCCGGAGGGCAACAAAGCGGCAAAAAGGAAGCGAGAAGAAGAUUCGAUCUUGCAGAAGAUCAUCAAGACCCAAGAAGACUUGGUCAAGAUAUCGAAGGAGCGAUCGGCAUCUGUGCAAAAGGCGUUGGAGGAGGCUGCGGAGGCAAAGAAGCAGGAGGCAGAUGAUCGCAUCAUGGCGAUGGAUCUGUCUGGGAUGGAUGAUGAAGCUAAGGCAUACUGGCAAAAGAAAAGGCGUGCAAUUUUGGAUCGACCAGAGUAG